ACUGUUGUGCUGAACCACUCAAUCUUCUCACCUCCAAAGGGUUACCCUUCCCAUACUCCUUGUCUCUGCCCCCAUCCUCUCAUCACCUCUCCGCACCACUCUCCCGAUCGAAGACUGGAGUAUAGAGAGGAUGGAGGGACUACUGAACCAGUGGCUAUGGCAACCGGAGUACUGGCUGCCCCCUGGUAUUACGUGGAAAGACAUGAGGAUGGAUGAGGAGAUGGAGAAGGGCAGUCGGUACCCUCUGCCCCGUGACCUGCUUCUCACUCUGCCUCUGGCACUUUGCUUCAUUGCCCUCCGUUAUGUCUUUGAAAGGGUCAUAGCCCUGCCACUUAGCAGACGUCUUGGAGUCCGGGACAGGGUGCGGGUACGAGUUGCCUUUAUCCCAAAGCUGGAGGCUUUAUACCUAAAGAAAAGAAAGCAGCAGCCUUCACAGAGCGACAUUCUUGGCCUGGAGAAGCGGUGCAGUCUAACUCGGAGGCAAAUUGAGACAUGGUUCCGCCAUCGUCGCAACCAGGAUAAGCCAAGCAGUACCAAGAAGUUUUGUGAGGCUUCGUGGAGGUUUGUCUUCUACCUCACAGCGUUCUCAGCAGGCAUUGCUUCCCUUAUAGAUACCCCCUGGUUUUGGGACCUCAGGGAGUGCUGGCAAGGAUACCCCAAACAGACAGUUGCUGAGGCCCACUACUGGUAUUACAUCCUGGAGCUGGGUUUCUACUGGUCCCUGCUGCUUUGUGUGUCUGUGGAUGUGAAGAGGAAGGAUUUUAAGGAGCAGAUUAUUCACCAUAUAGCCACCAUCUUCCUCAUUGGCUUCUCCUACUGUGCUAACUAUGUGCGUGUGGGGACUCUGGUCAUGCUAGUCCAUGAUUCUUCAGACUUCCUCCUAGAGUCCGCUAAGAUGUUCAACUACUCUGGAUGGAGAAAGACAUGUGAUGUGCUCUUUGUCAUGUUUGCUGUGGUGUUCUUGGUGACUCGCCUGGUGGUUUUUCCAAGCAGAAUUGUCUAUACAACACUCGUGGAUUCUCUAGAUUUUUUCAAACCAUGUUUUGGCUAUUACUUCUUAAACACCCUUCUCCUGGUGCUACAAGCACUGCAUAUCUUCUGGGCCUGGCUGAUCCUGCGCAUGGUCUACAAGUUUGUCUUCCUGGGCAAGGUGGAACGUGACGAGCGUAGCGAUGAAGAAAGUGAAAUUGAGGAAGAGAAGGAGGAGGAGGAGUGUAGCUGGGAACAAAAGAAAGGCACUCUGAACUCUAAACUCGCCUCACUAGCCAACAACUGUGUCCUCAACAACUUAACCCAUCAAAGAAGACAUAUGAGUUACCGGAUGGCCAAUACCAGAUAGUACUGUUCUUACAUCCUCAGAGGUCAAACAACAGGCUGAUAUGUAUUACAUUUAUUUCCACGAGUUUACUAUAAAUAUGUGGUUUUACUACUGAGGUCCACUCAUAAUUUCAUGUUAGUUCAUAGUUAUAUUGAGAAAUGACACAAAAGGUGUGUGCUAAUUGUGUCAUAGACUGUUCGUUUUCUCUCCACUGUUUCAGCCAUGUUUGAUUUGUUAAAAAAUGACAGAAUAGGAGACGGGGUAGGAAUAUCACUUUAGUUUCACUUCCUGUUAACGGUAAUUUCACUGGGACUCCUCAUCUUAGUAAUUACUUGCCUUCAUUUGCCAGUCAAGACAUAUAAAUGUUUUUGAAAUGUAAGAGGAAUGUAAAAAUGUAGUUAAAUGCAAAAAAACAAAAUGUAAACAAAACUUUUUUUUAAGGAUUGUACACAUACAUUAUGAGAGUGUUGGUGACAGGCAGAUUUGAAACAACUGGAAGUUGUUUGGUAACUGUGAAUAAAAAAUUAAUAAUUAUUUAAAUAAAAUAAACUUGUGUUGA